UCGACGACCACACAACGCUUCACAGCACAGGACUGGACCGACGCGAUAGACACACUAUUGCUGCUCUCAAAACCACGCCCCGUCAACAUCACCUCCCAAACACCACCGAUUGAAGUCCACCCCAAAACGAAACCUUGCAAGCAUCGCGCGAUUCUCCGCCGCACCUUCAGUCUAGCCGCUACCACCAGCACAUUUCACGCACGCUUGCGCAACAACCACAGCCAGCAGGACUCUAAGAAAUCGAGAACCCCCACCUCCAAGCGGAUUGCCUUGCAACAUACAUGAUAUAACUUUCCCAAAAUGCCAACAGCAGGCCUCAAAACGAUAAUCGCCCUCUCCUUCGUGCUGGCUGUCGGCUUCCUGCUCGUCAUCCUCUCGUGCGCCCUCUGGCACUCGUACUACCCGUUGCUGGUCGUCGCCACCUAUGUAGUGGCCCCCUUGCCCAACUGGAUCUGCAGCCAUUGCGCGAACCCGGACGACUUUGUCGAGAGCUCGGGCGCCGCCGUGCUGGACCUGGGCCGAUUCUGCACGGGGUUCCUCGUCGUCAUGGGUAUUGCGCUACCCAUCGUGCUUGCCCACUCGAAUGCCAUUACCAUCCCCGCCAUGGUCAUGUCGGUUAUUGGCGGCCUCUUGAUCUAUGGGACGAUAAUCAGCUUUGCCAUGUUCUUCCAGGAAGAGCAGGAGUUUUGAAGUAGGCAGGGCGAGAGUAUUGGAGUAAACGAUUAGUCGCGGGCGGGGUUCGAAUCUUGGAGCAUGAAGAUGCGAAUGGCAUGGAACCAAUGGGCUUUUAAUGGGCGGCAUCUCUCGGUGUAUAACAUGGCGCUUUAUUACAGGCAGGGACGGUGGGUUCAGCAAGCGAUACUUGGUUGACUCGAGAGGUUGGAAAGGGGCGCGUUGAAUGCAUGGUGCAUCCAGUCGAAUUUAUCAGCAUUUUCCUGGUUGCCGGCUCUUCACUGUCCGGUUCUCGACUAUCCUCUGUACAACGCGUUAAAGCCUUGUAUCCCCUUUGCGGCCGUUGAGCCCAAGCCUGUCUAUAAGUGGCGAGAAACGCCACUGUCCCCGUCAUUGUAACCACUGCGGCAGACACGUUGAGUAUCCGUUCCCGUCCGUCUAUCUUUUUUUGUAACCAUGGCAGUUGAGAUCCAACCCCCCUACUUCGAAGCCAUCGCU